AUGGUGGUGAAUCUGGUGAACCGGCUUCCUACGGUAUCCACGCCGAAUACGCCGAAUGCCACGCCGAAUGCCACGCCGGAUGCCACCCCUAAUACCGACCCUAAUAUCACCCCUAAUAUCACCCCUAAUAUCGGCCCUAAUAUCAACCCGAAUACCACGCCGAAUAUCAACCCCCCGAAUGCCACGCCGAAUGCCACCCCUAAUCAAAUCUCUAUCGCACAGCCGGUCACAUCCUAUUCAAUUUAUAUGGAUAACUACUUUACAUCAGUUCCUCUAUUCAAAGAACUACGUCAACAGGGGUAUGGAGCAUGUGGAACCACUCGUCCAAACCAGGUUCCAGCAGUACUAGGCGAGCUUCGAGAGCAUUCAAAUUCCAUACCCUGGAAUACCCUGCAUGCCAUUGAAAAAGAGAAUGUUCUCUGUCUUGCCUGGCAAGAUAAUAAUAUGGUAUUGGCACUAACUACGAUUCAUUCAUUGGACGCAGUUAUUGAACGUACUCGUAAAUGCCCAGGGGAACUCUCAACCAAUGCCAAUAUUGUUAGAAAAGUCUUUGAAGGUCAACCACAAAAGAAGCUGAAAAUCCCAUUGAUUAUAGAUGAUUAUAAUCAUAAUAUGAAUGGGGUAGACCUAGCAAAUCAAUACCGGGCAGCAUAUACUAGCCAUAGAGUCACCUAUCGAACCUGGCUUCCUAUUCUCUACUGGCUUAUCGAUUCCGCGGCUGUCAAUGCAUACCGGCUUCAAUAUAUAUAUAUGAAGCAGCAAGGGAUUCCGGCAAAGGAUCUUCCUUCUCAUAUAAGCUUUCAUGAGAAGCUUUAUCAACAGCUCUUUGAAUUUGCACCUAAGAUUCAUGAUAAUCUUCCUAUCGAACGAUCAAAUCCUGAUCUAAAUCAUCAACGAAUUCCUCUUUCAAAACAGCGUGUUUGUGCCUGGUGUCAGUAUAAACGAAAGAUUGGCCAGCAGGAAGGGUUUAUAUAUUACACUAAUACCAACAAAUACUCAAAAAUACACUGA